AAUCGCCAAGGUUGAAGUCAAAGCGGUGCCGUCUCGGAUGAUACGUUCACACUUCACAUACAAACAACAGAUAACCGUAAACAAGAAAGGCGCAGCCCAAUCUGCUACGAUGGCGGCCGAGCCUCCUCGCACCGCCACAACCACAGCAACUCACGCGACGGCCAAAACACAAGUGAAACGACCCCGUUCCAUUUUCGACGUCCCCGCCAACUUCUUCGACUCCUGCGAGCUCCUUCAAUCUUCCAGCCUCUCUACUGUUUCCACAUCCGAGACCUCUACCCACAACUCCGCCGUCGAAACCCUAGACGACUCCGAGCCUGAGCGCAAUGAAGAAAACCGCUUCCAAAACGCCGUUGGAGCACCUCGGUGGACCUGCAACACUUGCAAAGCCGAGUUCGAUUCCCUCGAAGACCAGCGCGCGCACUUCAAGUCCGAUAUUCACCGAUUCAACGUGAAGCUAAGUGUUGCUGGAAAGAGUAUUGUGAAGGAGGAGGACUUUGAUGAAUUAACAUCUGAUUCUUUUAAAGACUAUGAUGUCUCGAGUAUAUCGGGGUCGGAGGAAGAUGAGCCUGAAAAGGGAUUUGGCUCUUUGAAGUUUUCUAGGGCAAGUGCAAGUAUUAGGCAGCAGAAGUUAUUUAUCUACCUUCAGACGGGGGAGCGAGUUUCUGUUUCGAAGUGUUUAAUUACAAAUGAGUCUGGACCUGAAAGUACUUUGUCAUGUGAGGAAGUGAUAGAGAGAUUGAAAACGUUGGUUCAUGAGCCUAGAGAUAAGACCCAUCUUAGAAUUGUGUUGCUUGCAAGUGGUGGGCAUUUUGCUGGUUGUGUUUUUGAUGGUAACUUGAUUGUGGCUCACAAGACCUUCCACAGAUAUGUUGUAAGGGCCAAAGCUGGAAAAAAACAGUCAUCAAAAGAUGCAAGUGGAAGGGCUGCACAUUCUGCCGGUGCUUCUCUUCGACGUCAUAAUGAACUUGCUUUGAAAAAGGAAAUUCAAGAGCUACUUGCUGCUUGGAAGCCAUAUUUUGAUGCUUCAUCUUGCGUUUUUGUUUCUGCUCCUUCUAGCAAUCAUCAACUGCUUUUUAAUGGAGAGAAACCAAUUUUUAGUCAUCAGCAAUGUCUUGUUCGAAAUGUUCCAAUGACUGUUCGGAGACCUACUUAUAAGGAAGCUCGGCGUAUAUAUGAGCAAUUGACCCAAGUUGCUUACGAACUAGAUGUGAAUGAAGUUCCUUCAAGUUCCAAAGAGGACCCACCACAUAGUUCAGGUAUUGACCGCAACAUCAUACCAAGAAUGGAAAAAGUCGACAUUGUAGACAGUUUUGAUUGUAUGGAAAAAAAUGAAGCUUUCCCAAAUUAUGGGAAGUCCGUCGAACUUCCUAUAUCAAGUGACAGUGAUGGUGAGGAAAUAUCUUCAUCAACACCUUUGCAUGAAGCAGCACAGUCUGGAGAUACUCAUAAAGUGUUGGAACUAUUGGAACAGGGUCUGGAUCCUUGCAUCAAAGAUGAAAGGGGACAGACUCCAUACAUGCUGGCAAGUGAAAAGGAGGUCAGAAAUACAUUUAGACGGUUCAUGGCCUCAAACCCUGAUAAGUGGGAUUGGCAUGCUGCUAAGGUACCUAGUGCAUUGACAAAAGAGAUGGAGGAAUCUCAAGCUGCUAAGCAGGCUGAAAAAGAUGCCAAAAAGAAGGCAAGGGCAAAAGAAUUGAAGAAAUUACGAAAAGAAAAAGAAAAGAAAGCUCAGGCUCAGGCUGCUGUUUCCCAAAAUGCUUUGACGGAUUUACGAAACCAAGUACCCUCUACAUCUUCUAUUCUUAAGGGAAAGCCUCAAUCUAGCUCUGGAUCACAGAUCUCUAAAGAGGAGGAACUAAAAAGGGCACAGGCAGCUGAGAGGGAGAAAAGGGCAGCUGCUGCCGAGAGGAGAAGAGCAGCAGCUGAAGCUCUUAGUGCUCAAGGCAACAGCACUGCCACUGCACCAAGCACCGCACAACCCAAAAGUGGGGUAGCUGGCGAAAUUAACUGCUCCUGUUGUAAUGUAUCACUGGCUGGUAAAGUCCCUUUUCAUAGGUAUAAUUACAAAUACUGCAGCACAUCAUGCAUGCAUGUGCACAGAGAGAUUCUUGAAGAUGGAUAACUUAAAAAACUGCUUGUCUUACUUUACUUUCUUCUUGUUAUCUCAUUUGCAAAGCAUUCCGUUCGGUUCUUCUGUAUCAUCUUUGUUCUGUCAUUCUACAAUAUUGAAGUAAUUGAAGCCUUUCAACGAUUUAAAAGCAAA